AUGAAUAAUCCACGUGACGAGGAGUAUGAUUACUUGUUCAAAGUGGUCCUCAUUGGAGAUUCUGGAGUGGGAAAAUCCAACCUGCUAUCUCGUUUCACUAGAAAUCAGUUCGAUUUGGAGACCAAGUCAACGAUCGGAGUGGAAUUCGCUACCAGAAGCAUGAUGAUCGAGGGCAAAAAAAUCAAGGCGACAAUCUGGGAUACCGCUGGUCAAGAUCGCUACCGUGCAAUUACCUCCGCCUACUACCGGGGUACCCUUGGCGCCCUGGUUGUCUACGAUAUUGCUAAACAUCAAACUUUCGAAAAUAUUGAGAGAUGGCUGAAAGAGUUGAGAAAUCAUGCGGAUCAACAGGAUAUUAGUAUCAUGUUGGUCGGAAAUAAGACAGAUCUGAGGCAUCUCAGAGCGGUCCCGACUGAUGAGGCAGCAGUUUUUGCGGAGAGAAAUCAGAUGUCUUUUAUUGAAACCUCCGCUCUGGACAGCACCAACGUGGAGGAGGCUCUCCGUAAUUUGCUCACAGCUAUCUACAAAUCAGUCUCUACAAAAUACGGAGUGAAUGAGAAGCCAGUCUACGGGGGUCUUGGAACAGUCAUGCCAAGUGUGCCAACUACGGAACAGGUCAAGAAACAAUGCUGUAAUAUGUAA